AUUCUGAUCAUCAAUUAAUCUUUGUUCAAUCACCUUGAUCAAUACUUAUUAUUGAGAGAUGGAGGGGUGGCUCAAACAGUUUGUUUAUGCAUUUAUGGUACUUUUGCUACUGCUACAUAUCUAUAUUAGCCCAUCCCUGUCCCUUGAAUACAAUAAUUCAGAUGGUACUUAUGGGAGGUGCAUAGAGAGCGAAAGGCAAGCACUUCUUGCUUUUAAAAAAGGCUUCAGUGGGCAUGGCGGCGACGAAGAACUACUGUCAUCAUGGGGAGGGAGAGAGGCACAAAAGCAAGACUGCUGCAGAUGGCGAGGAGUCUACUGUGACAAAGGAACAAGCCACGUUACACGACUUCAUCUUGGAGACCAGUAUUUGAGAGGUACGAUUAGUUCUAAACUCUCUGAGUUGAAGCAUUUGGAAUUUUUGCACCUCCAAUUCAUUAAUGAGAGUCAAGUUCCAAAGUUCAUUGGUUCCCUUACCAAUUUAAGGUACCUUCAUCUUGAUCCACUUGAUGAUGGCAAAUUUCCAUAUCAGCUUGGAAACCUUACGCACUUGCAAUAUCUCAGCCUCACUGGUAAUUACUACUGGGGUGUUGAACUAGAAAAUAACCUCAAUUGGCUUCCUUAUCUCUCUUCUUUAAAAUACUUGGACCUCAGUUUCAAUUAUCUCGGCAAUGUAUUUGAUUGGCUAGAAAUAGUAAACAAGCUCCCCAAUCUAAGAAACUUAACAUUACAACAAUGUGAUCUUCCUCCUCCAAUCUUUUCCACUCUUUCUCACAUAAAUUCUUCCAAAUCUCUUGCUAGUGUUGAGCUUCGUAACAAUCCAAAUGCCGCUGCCACUACUUCAAUGUUCAAGUGGUUGGGCAACUACAAUACCAGCCUUGUUUAUCUUUCCCUCGAAUCCACAAAUUUAAAUGGUUCACUUCCUGAUGUUUUUGGAAACAUGAGGUCUCUUGUAUAUCUUAAUCUCUGGGGGAACAAUCUUGAAGGUGGAAUCCCGCAUUCCUUUGCUAAUUUAUCUAGUUUGCGAUGGUUGUCGCUUUCGUACAACAAUCUCAGUGGACAAUAUUCUGAUUUUCUGCAAAUAUUGUCGAACUGUGCUCCAAACUCAUUGAAAUAUCUAGACUUCUCUCGGAAUCACCACAUUUCUGGGUCAUUGCCUAAUCUUAUAAAUUUUUCGUCCCUCAAGUAUUUAUCUCUCUCAAGCACCGGAUUGUCUGGAAGAGUACCCGAAUGUAUAGGGCAAAUGUCCAAGUUGGAGGGGAUCGAAAUGGCUAAUACUUCUUUGGAAGGGACCAUUUCUGAAACUCAUUUCUCACAACUGUCCAGAUUAUUGGUUUUGGAUUUAUCAUAUAACUCGCUAGCUUUUAACUUCAGUGCUGAUUGGGUUCCUCCUUUUCACUUGGAGCGCAUGGUAUUGAGCGGGUGCACGAUGGGUCCCUCUUUACCUCGGUGGCUACAAUGGCAAAAGAAACUUUUAAACAUUUAUAUGUUCAAUGCUAGAAUUUCUGAUAUCCUUCCAAGUUGGUUUUGGGAUUGGUCUCAUAAGGCAACACAGAUCGACCUUUCUUGCAAUCAAAUUAGAGGAACAUUGGAAAAUAUGAGUUUCGAGUUUGUAUUUAACCCUGGGCUUAAUUUGAGUUGGAACUUAUUGGAAGGUCCUAUCCACUCAUCAGUACUCUCAAAUGCAUCAUAUGUCGACCUCUCCAAUAACAAAUUUUCAGGGCCAGCUUCUUUCUUGUGUGCUGCGAAGGUUAGUGACUUGACCUAUCUGGAUCUCUCAAGCAACAAUCUUUCUGGAGAACUUCCUAAUUGCUGGACUCAUUUCAAAAGUUUAAUCUUUCUUGAUUUGAGUAACAAUUCAUUUUCCGGAAAGGUUCCUGCCACAAUGGGAAAGUUAAUUUCCAUUGAGUCACUGAAACUAGACAACAACAAAUUUGUGGGAGAAUUUCCUUCCUUGAAGAAUUGCAGAAACUUAAAAGCUUUUGAUCUGGAAGACAACAAAUUUUCAGGACCUAUACCUAUGUGGGUAGGGGUUCUAUUUCCAAAUUUGGCUAUCCUUAUCCUUCGAUCCAAUCUCUUCAAUGGUAGCAUGCCGUCACAAUUAUGUAAUCUCACAAGUAUUCGUAUUUUGGAUUUUUCAAUUAAUAACAUCUUCGGAAGUAUACCCAAAUGUCUCAACAAUUUGACUACUUUAGCUCGAGAAGGAAAUCCAGAAGAUCUAACCAUCAGUCAUUUUUACACAACUACUUUUGGACCAUUUCCUUACUUCCAUGGUGUGGAGAUUGAAUACACUACUUCGCCUUUUGGCGAUAUUUAUGAAGAUGAAAUAACCAUCUCAUGGAAAGGAACACUGUCCAGAUACAAAAGUACUUUGGGACUUGUAAAAAGCGUUGAUCUGUCAAGCAACAAGUUGACAGGGGAGAUUCCCAGUGACAUCAUUCAUCUCGUUGGGUUAGUUUCUCUGAACUUGUCGAGCAACCAUUUAACCGGUCAAAUAAAUCGAGAGAUGGGAAAGUUGCAGUCAUUACAGUCCCUUGAUUUAUCAAGAAACCUAUUACAUGGCACAAUUCCAACAAGUGUUUUUCAAAUAUAAGGUCUUGGUUAUUUGGACUUGUCCCACAACAACCUUUCCGGAAAGAUUCCAAUCGGUUCUCAACUCCAAAACUACGGUCCCUCUUCUUUCGUUGGAAAUUCUCAGCUUUGUGGACUUCCACUUGAGAGGUCUUGUUAUCCAAAUAAGGAAAAUAGUCCACAUGGGAAUCAAGAAGACGAUGACGGGCUCAUCACACAAGGAUUUUAUAUCAGUGUAGGGCUUGGAUUUUUUGCUGGAUUUUGGGGAGUUUGUGGCAGUUUGAUUUUCAACAAGUCAUGGAGAUACGGAUACUACAAAUUCUUUAAUCUUCUGAACGACUGGCUUUAUGUGAGAAUAACUUUAAUCAGGAGGCAACUAAAGAAUAGACUAGCUUAGUUCAUCAUCAUAAGUAAGCGGCCCUGCAGCUUGCGCUAGAAGCAGAUGCAUACUUCCCUUGACUCGAAGAGUUCAUAGUUGCGGGCGACAAUAAUGAAGCAAUACAAGCUUAUGUUUCGGAGUAAUAAUGCAUAUGGCAACCAUAUACGCUGCUUCAGCAUCAUUGUAGCGGUUUCUUUACUCUAGCUUUUGUCUUUUUGGCAACUAUAUUCGCUUUCCUCCCAAUUUGAUUUGCCUGUGCCUCGUGACCAUAGUAUAAUAUAUCCUAGAAUCAAUACUUUGCAACUCCUAUAUAUUAUGUAUUUAGGUUUUGUUUUAUUUAUGUCCCGUCGAAGAGGUCUUGGC